AGGCCACAUAUUUUAAGUCUGCUUCAAUAUUAGCAUGUGAAACCCUUCUCCUUAAAGGCCCGGUCCUCCAGGCUGCCAUGGGAGAUGCUGCAUUGACUAAUUUAAUUUUGGGGAGUGGAGGAAGGUCAGUGCUUUGGGUGUAAGCUUUCAUGGUUAAAAGCUAUAGGAAUGUUAGACUGUAAGAGCUAUUACUGAGACUAAAUAAAGUCUUACUUGAAAUGAGAAUUGCCUUCAUUUUGAUGCAAAGAAAGUAAAUUUUAAUGUGUUUCUUUAGUGCUGCUUUAACUUAGUAUUUUUUUUUAGAGAAGUAACCCAUAUAUUGUCUCCAGACAAAUGCAUUUGGAUAUUUUUGAAUAGGAGCUUGUUAGACUGCUAAAAAUUGCAAUUGCAAUUGCUUCUUUAUAGUAACACCAGAAUAUUGUACUUAACAGAAAAGAACCUUUACAUCCUAAAUAGCAGGAGAAGACAGUCAAUGCAGGGACUAUUUUACACAGGAUUAAAACAAAAUCCGUUUUAACUGUCCAGAUUCCCUGGUUUUCUGUUUCAUUUUGAAUUCUCUGGAGAAAGAGGCAUACAACAUCUGAAAUGGAAGGGGUUGGGAUUCGGGUCUUUGUGUAACACUGUGCUGCAGGGCAAGGGACUUUCCCCUUUUUUUUGUCCUCUCUUCCUGGGUCUGUACAGCAAGUAGUCCAAAAUUCAGUGUCACAGCCUCCACUUUUCUACAAAGAAAGAAUGAAAAGGGCAGUAUAAGAAGAAUGACUUCAAUGCAUGGCUGUUGACAGUGACAAGAGAAGCCAGACUUAAAAACAUAAUUUCUUCUUCUUGUAAGUCUGCGGAAGAUAUCAGAAUUUCAUAUUGGUCAUCCCUCAUGCUAUACUGGGUUUGUGUCUCCAGCUUCAAUGCUGAAACCAUGGCUCUUGCCCUUAGUUUACACUUAGGGUCAUAUUCAGAAAUCUUAAAACACUUAAAUUUACAUAAAGCCUUGUCAGAUUUUUAAUAGAUGCAAUUAAAAAGUGUUUAGAAGCAGGAAAACCCUCUGCAGAGUGUCCAAGGAAGUGGCUUUAAGACAUACCACUGCUGAGUGCUGCACUUAUGGCAGCAUGGAACCAGGUCUUCUGGUUCUGAGACUUUUCUGAAGCCACAAGAAUUUCCUUCCACCAGGCAUUUCUGCAAUGUCUAUGAACCCACAGUAGCUGAACAGCCUUCUUCAUUACGUACAAGCUUUUUCUGUUAAUUCUUUAGUCUCAGGCCAUCUGUUAGUGUUGAAGAUGUUAAUUUUAUGUGUUUUGUGAGGGCAUUGUCUUGACAGCAAUCCAAAGUGCUGCAAAUACCACAGUCACAGCAGUACUGGCAAUGCUACAAGAUUAAUGGAUUUGAAGUUUUGGAUUUCAAUGAUCCCUUCAGUACUGAAGUUAAGCCAAGAAUCCUGCUCAUGGGAUUGAGAAGAAGUGGAAAGUCUUCCAUUCAGAAAGUUGUCUUUCACAAAAUGUCGCCGAAUGAGACUCUCUUCUUGGAGAGCACAAACAAGAUCUGCAGAGAGGAUGUUUCCAACAGCUCCUUUGUCAACUUUCAGAUAUGGGAUUUUCCUGGGCAAAUUGACUUCUUUGACCCUACGUUUGAUUAUGAGAUGAUUUUCAGAGGCACUGGAGCACUGAUAUUUGUUAUUGAUUCUCAGGAUGAUUAUAUGGAAGCAUUAGCUCGGCUGCAUCUUACUGUGACCAGAGCCUAUAAAGUGAAUCCAGAUAUCAACUUUGAAAUCUUUAUCCAUAAAGUGGAUGGUUUAUCUGAUGAUCACAAGAUUGAAACACAAAGAGAUAUUCACCAGAGGGCAAAUGAUGACCUUGCAGAUGCUGGAUUGGAAAAGAUUCACCUCAGCUUUUAUCUGACAAGCAUAUAUGAUCAUUCUAUAUUUGAAGCAUUUAGCAAAGUGGUACAGAAACUGAUUCCACAGCUCCCAACACUGGAAAACCUGCUUAACAUCUUUAUUUCAAAUUCUGGGAUUGAAAAAGCAUUUUUAUUUGAUGUAGUCAGUAAGAUCUAUAUCGCAACAGACAGCACUCCAGUGGAUAUGCAAACUUACGAGCUCUGCUGUGAUAUGAUAGAUGUUGUGAUUGACAUUUCUUGUAUAUAUGGGCUUAAAGAUGAUGGCACUGGAACUCCUUAUGACAAAGAAUCAAUGGCAAUCAUAAAACUGAAUAAUACAACUGUCCUUUAUUUAAAAGAGGUGACAAAAUUCCUCGCUCUUGUUUGUUUUGUCAGAGAAGAAAGCUUUGAGAGAAAAGGAUUAAUAGACUACAAUUUCCAUUGUUUUCGAAAAGCCAUACAAGAAGUAUUUGAAGUAAGAAUGAAAGUAGUAAGAUCUCGAAAACAUCAAAGCCACCUGCAAAAAAAUAAAAGACCCACUCCUAAUGGGACACCAAGAAUGCCACUGUAACUGAGGUUUUCUGGAAAUGUGGCAAGCAAAGUUUUUAUGAAGUUGAUGUGACUUCUGCAUCUCAUUGCACUGAGUGAAGAGGAAAACAAACGGGACUGAUGUAUUAUAUGAAUUUUCCCUGAACGUUCAGAAAGCACUGUUUAAAUAUUUUUAUCCAAUCAGUUUUUUUUCAUAUAGUGAGCACUUUGAGCAAAAUGUUGUAUAUAUAAACAUUGAGGUGAGCACUUGUAAGAAUUUUCUUAAUAUAUGCUGUAAACCUUUUUCAUGCCAUAUUAAGAAAAAACAGCUGUGACAGAAAUACUGGGUACAUAAUUUGCACUUUUUCAUGUUUUCCUUGUGGACUUGGACUUUGAUAAACUUAGUUUUUAUGGUGAUUUUGAUGCAUGGUGUCAGGUAAAAUGUAUGCUGUAGUUUGUUUACCUGCUACAAUCAAAUUGGUUAGUAAACAAUUAAGAAAACUUGGUACAAUGCCUUUUUAAAUUUCUGACAGCUAAUACCUAACAUUCAUACAGAUCUAAUUUCAUAUAUUUUUCAAUUUGUAAACUGAAGAAUAAUAUUGAAGUAUUACAGCAAUAAGCAACUUACCAGGAAUCGUAACUGGUAGGUAAAUAUUAGCUUUUGUAAAACAGGCUUUUGGCCAAAUUUCAUCUGGAGUUCUCUUUAACACUGGUCAUGCCCUCUCUUGGGUCUGGUUUUAUUAUUUACCUCAGCAUAUACCACUAAAAUACCUUUCUAUAAAGAUGAUUGUUUUGUAAAAUGGCUCUAUGUUGCACUGGUAUUUUUAUAAGGCUUCAGAGGAGUAUGUUGUAUCUUUAUGGCUGGAUUUACAUUGCUAAGUUUGUGUUGAGACCCUGCACAUGUACAGUUGGCGCAAUGAAGAAUCUGUAUGUAUUUCCACCCUGGCUUUCUGAUGUACUGAUAAGUCAUAAAGGUGUGACCACUGGGUUCUGAUUCCCUCUAACAUGGGUACAUCUGUCAUUGAAAUCACGACAAGACCAUUAAAAUGAGGACUGGACAAUCUACCUGCUGUAA